UUGAGAGUGCCCGGGCAACUAGCGGCCUAAGUUAAGAUUUGACCCAGAGAAUUUGGAUUACGGUGUUACCCUAUGCUCUUCAACUUAUAUUUGUUUAUACGAAAUAUUUUAAUUGUGUUGAGUGAAAUUUAUUUGUUUAUGACGGUAAAUGACCGGCAAUUGACAUCAUUGAAUGCGUUGCUGAAAUAGCUCGAGAAUAUAGAUGUCAGUGAUAACAGUUGUCAAGAAGGUUGUCAUGAGCAUGCUAUCGUAUGCUAUCCUUGUCAUAAGUUUUGUUGACGUUCGCAAAUGAGAACCGCGAUGAGUUAUUUCAUUUUUGCAAUUUAAUAAAAAUAAAAAAAUAGACAAAAAACUGUGGAAAAAAUGUGGUCAUUCUUUGGGCGAGACAACUCCAGUCAUUUUCCGUACGAAUUGCAGGAAAAAUACGGUGACUCAUACAACCAAGAUUCGUGUUUUUCCUUGUACAAAGGGGUCUCAAAGACUACUAAAGAAAAUGUAACAAUUUUUGUAUAUGACAAAAAACUUGGCAGCAAUGAACAAUAUGAACAUGCCAAAGCAUGCAUUAAACGGCUCAAAACUUUAAGACAUCCAAGUAUUUUAACUUUUCUGGACAGCCAGGAGAAUGAUUCCAAUAUCUGUAUUGCUACAGAAUUUGUGGAACCUCUGACUGACUUCAUUACAAAAAUAAAGGACCUUCCAAAAAAACAUUUGUAUCUAUCAUGGGGUAUAUUGAAUAUUGUGAAAGGUGUGGCAUUUCUCCAUAAUGAUGCUAGGUUAAAACACAACAACAUUUUCUCUGGCUCAGUGUUCGUUAACAGUGCGGGCGAAUGGAAACUUGGAGAUGUUGGCUAUGUUUCAGCAAGCAAUAGUUCAUAUCCAUUAAAAAUACAUCAGGGAUUACAGAAAUACAAUCCACCAGAAAUAAAAUCAGGUAGUUGUCCUGAUGAUUCACUUUAUUGGAGUAUUGACAGCUGGGGGUUAGGAAUAUUUAUGUGGGAAGUGUUCAAUGGAAAGAUGACUCAUAACAACGCACUAAAAAAUAUAACAAAGAUUCCAGAACAAUUGCAACCUAUAUAUUGUGAACUCGUUGCGGCAUCCCCUCAAAAACGAUUAAGUACAGUCAAGGUUUUAGAAAGGCCUACAAAGUUUUUCAAAAAUGAUGUUGUUGAUGCGAUGUUAUUUCUGGAUGAAAUUCAUAUAAAAUCAAAAGAAGAGAGUAAAAACUUUUUUUCUAAUAUAAUGCCAUUGUUGGAAAUAAUUCCUACAUGUACAGCUACUGACAAAGUGCUGCCUCAAAUGAUUAGAGCUUUUGAAUAUGGUUGCGAUGGAGCAUGUCUCAUUCAGCCUAUGAUGGAGAUAUCUAAAUCUCUUCAAAAGCCAAAAUAUCAACAAAUAAUUCUGCCUUUUUUGCUUAAAUUGUUUGCCUCAACAGACAGGGCAACAAGAAGUUUAUUGCUCCAGAAUAUUGAACACAUCAUAGAUUCAAUACCAGAAUCAAUAAUUAAUGAGAAUUUGUUUCCAUUGCUCACAAAUGGUUUUGUGGAUGCAAACCCGAGAAUCAGAGAAGAAACUAUAAAGGCAGUUGUUCACUUAGCUCCCAAACUAAAUAACAAGAAUCUCAAUGAAGAAGUUUUGAGGCAUUUUGCCAGGUUACAGGCAAAAGAUGAACAGGGUGGUAUACGUACGAACACAACAGUUUGCCUUGGAAAAAUUGCUUAUUGCCUUUGUCCACAAAAUCGUAAAGCAAUUUUGCUAUCUGCUUUCAUUAGAGCUCUUAACGACCCAUUUCCACCAGUGAGGAAUGCAGGCGUUCUUGCUUUUGCAGUUUCCCAGCAAUAUUUUACUCUAGACGAUGUGGGGAAAAAGAUAUUGCCUUCCUUGUGCCAUUUAACUGUAGAUGUUGAUAAAAGCGUACGAGACAGUGCCUUUAAGACGAUCAAGGGUUUCAUAGGGAAACUUGAAAAAGUGUCUGAAAAUCCAUCACUUCAACAAGAAAUCGAAACGGAAGUCAUGUCCACUCUGAAGCCAGUGCCAUCUUGGGCAGAAUGGGCAGUAACAGCUGUCGCAUCUAAAUUUUCUUCUAGAACAACUGAUAGUAAAUUUGAAUCAGAAGGUAAACAGAAAAUGCCUAGCAUAGAUAACGAAAAGAAAGAAGUCGAUAAUACUAAAAAUAAUCAAGAAACAUCUGAGAUGGAACAGCCAAGUCGAAAGAAUAGUGGUCCUUUAAACCUGUUUAAUUCUGACACCGGGAAGCUACUAAGUGCAUCGUCUGAUGAUAAAUGGCUUGACCAGACACAAAAAACAUUUUGGGAUAUUAGUGAUGAUAAUAUUACUAUUGAUGAUAAUUGUGAUUGGGAUGGAGAAUCAUGGGUAGCACUUGAGGAUCCGAUUUGCGAAGAGAAACCUGAGCCUAAACCUGUAAAGAAAUCAAGACCGGUGAGGCAGAAGGAGAACAAAAAACAUCAAUUGGGAGCAGUGAAAUUAGGAAUGAAAACAAACAGCAUAAAAUUUGAUUGAAAUUGUUUAUAAUCGUGUAUGUGCAUAUAUUGCACACAAAAAAUACAUUGUGGACUGGUUUUUUUUGUUUAUUUUUUUUUAAAUUUUUUUCGGGACAUCAAUUGUACAAUAUAUGUUUACAUUAUGCAUGUUAUAUUUUCUAUUUUUUUGAUAAUUCAAACAAUUUAAAAAAAAUCACAUUUUAGUGAAUCCUUUUUGUUAUGUAUGACUAUUUACUAUUUGGAGAGUUAACAUGCUUUA